UAAGUGGACGCCACUACAGGAAGAAGCUACAUCGUAUCAACUAUCAGCUACCAAAGUCCUCUGUUUAUGGAGCUUGGCAUGAAUAUAUUUGAGAGUAACUGGGGUAAAACCUUAAGCUUCUUCACCGUUUUUGUUGUGGCACUCGCCGCUGUUUUUAAUUAUCUGGAGAGUUCAGAGACUGAGGAGAUCCCAAGAAUGGAUCUGAAUGUGAUGGAGGAGAAUUACAGACAGAAGAACAGAACCUGCUUCAUUCUCGGCGCGUCAGGUGAGACCGGAAAGGCCCUGCUGAAGGAAAUAGUGGAGCACAACAUCUUCUCCAAGAUCACUCUCAUUGGACGAAGGCAGUUAACCUUCGAGGAUAAAAGCUAUGAAAAUCUGGUGCAAAAGGUGGUUGAUUUUGAGAAGCUAGACGAAUAUGCUGAGGCUUUUCAGGGCCAUGAUGUUGGAUACUGCUGUCUAGGAACAACCAAGGCCAAAGCAGGAGCUGAAGGGUUUGUGCGGGUGGAUCAUGACUACGUACUCAAGUCUGCAGAACUUGCCAAAGCAGGAGGCUGCUCACAUUUUCACCUCGAAUCCUCCAAAGGUGCAGACAAAACCAGCAGCUUUCUCUACCUGAAAACUAAGGGACAGGUUGAAGCAGAAAUUGAAGACCUUGGGUUUGAGCGUUUCUCCAUCUAUCGACCAGCGGUGCUCUUAGUGGACAGAGAGGAGAGCAGGCCAGCUGAAUGGGUGGCCCAGAAAUUUCUUGGUGCUUUCUCCUCUGUUUUCCCUACAAUGUCCAUUUCCAUCACAGCAGUGGCCAGAGCUAUGGUUAUCAACACAUUUAAAGAUGGAGAAAAGAAAGUGGAAAUUCUUGAAAACAAGGCCAUAUACAAUCUUGGAAAAAUUGGAGACAAAAAAUAAAACCUUUUUUUUUUUUUUUACUUAAGUGCAAUUCUGGCUUGGUGUGAUUCUUCAGCGGGAUAAUCCAAAAUAUUGUUUUACUGCAGUUUACUUGGAUGUAAUUAUCAUAUUACGUAUUUAAAAACUGAUUGACACUAAUUUAAUAUGUGCUGUUUUUCUGUAUGCUUUAUUUUUGGGCUCUGGUGCUUUUUUUUGUUAUGUAAUUUUAUAUUGCUCAGGGAAAAAUAAAUUAUAUUCAUGGUUGA